AUGUUGGAUAUGGAUGUGAACGAGAAUGUGACGGUGGCGAAAACUCUAAAGAACACCUUGUUGUGCGUAAAGAAACCUUUGUCCCCGGUAACCAGCAACGUGGAAUUAAAAACAUUAAACGUUAUUAGUUUGGAGGAUGACAACAAAAACAGCGUGAAAAGGAAUCGUAAUUCGUUUCACCAGAAUGUGGAUGAAGCGCUUAGUUCUUUGCUGUGGCAACCGUACGAGUAUCAACAACAAAAACCGACGUCCUCUUGCUGCAGCAGUUGUAGUAGUGCAUCCUCACUGUACGACCUUGACGAUGCAAACAAUACGAGCCCUUCGGAAAGGUACGCCAGCUACACAGACCUAUAUCGUUCCACAGAAAUGGUUAAUAACCUGGCAGCGGUCGACCAAUGGGUUCUAGCUGAGCGGUCACGUGACGCCGACCAAACGAUCUCAACCUACUUGAGUGAGCGGGCGCUCAGUCAGAGAUCGGUGGCGGUAGUGCCAAGGUACGCGCGUGGCUCGUGUAAUGUCAGUGAUAUGCAAGUGGAAGUUCAUAACAACAGUGUCCCCAAUGUGUCGUCUACAUCCAGUGUGUUAAAUAUCACCACCAGCGAUAAUGGGUUGAGACCGGCGCCCCAAUAUUCGAAACCACCCCCGCUCAGUUCUGCCAACGUUGUUGGACUGCCCAGAUAUGGCACGGUACCGUCGCAGAACAGACAGUCGGGUACCAUCUUUCCUAACCAUCCGCGACAAGUGUCAGAACCAUCAAACCAGUUUCGAUUGUCUACGAGCAAUGUGGUACCGAUUUCUACUGCUACAAAUGUGGUCCGACACACAUCUCAAAUGGAUCAAAGCAAUCUGCAACUCAUUUCGCAUCUAAGAAGUGCAUCUGCACCGAAAUCCAUGCCAGUACAGCAACGUACCGAAGCAAACUUUGUUUCGACAGUACCUAGCACGACUCAGCCGUCUUAUUUAACUAAUAACAACAUAGUUCCAACCCAUUCACGCAUCAACUCUGAGCCCAGUUUGAAAAAUAAGCUACCCCAAUUAAACGUUAGCAAUGUUAAUGUUAAUUUCUAUAGAGCAGUACCCGUUAAUGUCGUGUCUUCUGUGCCGACUAUACAGUGCAUUAAUUCAACAGGUGGCGAUGUAGGUAACAACGUGUCUAAUGUGCAGAUCAUGCCUCUGGGUAGUACCGGUACCUCUGCGCAUUUUCAACCUCAAAACACAUUGCAAAGCGCUGUGGUAACCGGUACUACACAAGUCACAGUGCACAGCACUCCAACACCUACACAUUCGAUUCAGAUACCGACCAAUUUUCGACCUACUACCACUAGCAGUCAGAUUUUUAUUCAGAACAAAACUACUACAACGGUACCACAAAUUAAAACAACAACUACAAACUCUAGUACCCAGAUAUCUAACAGAAAUUUGAGCAGUACUAGCAAUCAAGUUGUCGUGCCAGUCCCAAACACACAGAUCGCCCGUACUAGGACCUUUACAAGCACCGAGGCCCAAACUGAUGAUAUAUCUGUGUGUCCCGAAUCGUCAAAUUCAAGAGAACAAAGGCGGCGAGAACGCCGCGAGAGACGACACCAAAGGCGCGUAAAUAACGCAAAUCACCGGCACACCACGGAAACUAGUACCCAAGCAAACACGUUGCAAAAUGAUAGGUUGCCCGACAUACUCAACAGUCAUAUGCCACCCCCUUACUCGGCAGUAUCGACUAACCCCCAGUCACCCCCGACACAACCGCUGGUGCCGCCGCCAGGGAUGGGGCACGGUAUGGUGCCGAACCCUGUGAUGGUGCCCAAUCCGGUCAUGGUGCCCAACCCCGCGCUCGUGCCCCAGAUGGUUCCUCCACCGCCCUGUGCCGUUCUUCAAACGGUGGUUCCUAAUAAUGUUGUGCCUAAUGGAUACGCGUUUGGACCCCAGCCUGUGGUGCCUGGACAAGUACCAUUAGUACAAGGCGGCGCACCUGUUGCCGUUACAGUACCACCUCCAUCUGGAUUUAGGUUCCCAUUUCCUAACGGAGGAUUUAGAAGGAGUAGAUUUUCGGAAGAAUCGCCGAAAAGUUGCUGCGGUCUGCUGUCUUGGAAACCCGGUUCUCUAAGAUGGUUUAUAGCGUUAAUAGCCCUGGUGGCUGUGUGCUGCGUACUAAUUGGAACUGCCCUAGGUGCGAUGAGACCUGCUGGCAGGGAUCAUCUCACAGUAUCACUUCUAAUGAUAGGCGUUGGAAUAGUUCUAGUGACAGUAAGCGGAGUUGCGUGGCGACUGACCUCUCACGACUCCUCCACAUGCAGGUCAAUGUUGGGUUUGGGCUCAACUGAAUCCGUGGACGUUUGCACUCGCCGGUUCGUACCUAGACUUCCGCCGUCGUACGGUAGACCGCAUCAUCCUUACGCCGCCAUGAUGUACCCCGAAUUCCAAUACAGACCGCCGCCUCCCAGUUACCAGGCUUCCAUGCAGGAGUACAGACUGAGAUUGUUGCUGUUGGACCGGGGUAACACACCGCAAUUACAGUCUGGAAUACAAAACGCUGUUUCGCCGCCACCGACUUACAGAAGCCAUGCUGGAAGUUUAUUAAGGGCUCCUUUAUCUAGCAGGCGGGACGCCACGCAAUCAGAGUACAGCUGCCCGCCCUCAUAUCGUUCACAAAACAGCUCAAAUCGUCAAGGCACUCUUCAAACUAACUCCGUACUACAUAGUAGGGAACAAUCACUGUCGCUAUCAGAGUCGAAUCAUGGGGGAUCUGUGGUAAAUGUAGUUAACAUAUUGGGAAGUACAGAAGAGGACAUCGCUUUGGACAAUAUCACCUUGGAUUCCUUAAAAUUGGACCCGGAAAACGACAUCAAUCCCUUGAAAAUGCUUCUGAAAGGUAGCACUAGUGAUCUAGAAGGCAGCAAAGAUGGUAAUCUUGUUACAAUUGUGCAAACUAGUGAUCAAAGUCCAGUGAUAGUGACAGUGAGCGGUAGUUCGCAACUUGAAAACAACACCAAUUCGGUACAAAUUACUGAAAUACCAUCUGAAAUGGAAAUUUUAGCUCACUUAUAGUGUAUAUUUCAAUUAUAUUUUAUAAUAUUAAAGUGAAAUAAUUGAUUAAAUAUUUCAAAUUCUCCUAAAAUAAAAAGUUAUUUUUUAAUCUAUUAAUAAGACAUUGAUAAAGUGAAUGCAAAAAAUGAGUGAGUAACUUAUAUUUAUUGUUUUUCCUCUAUAGAGGUUGUAGUAAAUCAUAUUUCCAUAUUUUCUAAUUAGUCAAAUGU